ACGACAGCGCUUGACGGCGUUUGACGACACUUGGCGGCGGGACGGGGAGCGGGGCCGGUGAAGCGGUGGCGGCCGUCGGGGCUGUCUGCCGUGGCAGGAUGAAGCUGACCACUCAAGCUUACUGCAAAAUGGUGCUGCACGGCGCCAAGUACCCGCACUGCGCCGUUAACGGGCUGCUGGUGGCCGAACGGCCGUCGGGCGCUCCGCGUCGCGACCAGACCGGGCCUCCCUCGCUUUUCGUCGACUGUAUCCCGCUCUUUCACGGUACCCUGGCUCUGGCACCCAUGCUGGAGGUGGCCCUCACCUUGAUUGACUCUUGGUGCAAAGAGAAUAGCUACGUGAUAGCUGGAUAUUACCAGGCAAAUGAACGCGUGAAAGAUGCCAGUCCAAACCAGGUUGCGGAAAAAGUGGCCUCCAGAAUUGCAGAGGGCUUUAACGAUACAGCGCUCAUAAUGGUUGAUAACACCAAGUUUACGAUGGAGUGCGUAGAGCCUGCCAUUCAUGUGUAUGAGCUUCAUGAGAACAAGUGGAGGUGCAAGGACCCCCACGUUGAUUUUUGUGAAGAUUGGACCGAAGCCCAGAGAAUCGCUGCAUCUCUCUUGGACAGCAAGUCCUACGAGACGCUUGUAGAUUUUGAUAAUCACCUGGAUGAUAUCCGGAACGACUGGACAAACCCAGAGAUCAACAAAGCUGUCCUCCACCUGUGUUAGAAGGGUUUCUACUGACUAAUUUAUGGGCAUUCCCACUAUGUACUGAAGAGACAAAAAUGCUAUUUUUGAAUGUAAAUAGAAUAAUAUUCAGUACCUUGUGUGGAAACCCGACUGAUUAAAAAGGAGUGGCACGUCACAUGGCAGAGUGAUGUGUCCGUAAGCCGUUGACUCUUUUUUGUGAGAUUCCUUGGAAGAACUGCAAACUGUCAGUUACAGCUGUCCUCGUGGAUGCCUUCCCAGUUGUAGCAAAUGUUGCUAUUCCUUCAAAACCAGAACUACUUCUGCUUGUCCCUACUGUUCGUAUUACAAAGUUUUGACUAAGUUUUUCUAAUCUUUAGAGAGGUUACUUUUUAAUGAUUUACAGAAAUACCUUGUCCUCAGAUGAGAAAUUUUAAGGUCAAAUACAUACAAUGUAAGGUUAACGGUUUCUUUUGACCUGGCUUGGAAACGUAUUUCUGUCGGCACAGUAAAAUGCCAGCUGCUAAGGACGAUGAACCAUGCUCACGUGUCACCUGUUUUGCAGUGGUUUAGCAUGACACAGCUACAGAGAACGUGUUAAAGCAGUAUUCCCAAACGCCAUGGUGAUUCCUGCUCUCCGUGGGCAUACAACCACAGUUAUUGCUUGAAUAUGUUAAACCCAAGGUCCUUUGAGUGUUUUGCCACCAGUAGAAGCCCAGGCUGGCUUUAAGCAAAAAGGACAAGCGUUGCUGUGCUCAGAUCUUAUCUCACCUGUCCUAUUUGCAUUGAAGGCUGGACAAAAGGCAGCAAUUUCAUAAAGGCAAGGCAGCCUGCAGCCACUGUGGCUCAUGUGAAAGAAUGAGGAAACUGCGGGGCUCAGCGAAGGCUGUGUUCCCCUUUCCUGCUAAUGUACCAAACCUUUCUGCAGGAGCAAAUGCUGGUUUCCUGGCUGGUGGAUCAGCUGCAUUCAUUGGAGGAA